GAAAAAACCUUGCCGGCUAGAGUUGUGGGCGCUCAGGCGCCUCGCGUCCACGUGGAGCCACAGGUAUUGUUGCUUUCCCCGGGCAGCCGCGUGUGCUGUGGCAUGGACACUCCCCCGCUCUCAGGAUCGGACUCGGACUCUGACGAAUCCCUGGUCGCGGACCAGGAGUUGCAGGAUGCGUUUUCCCGAGGACUCCUGAAACCAGGCCUCAACGUCGUACUGCAGGGGCCCAAGAAAGCCGUGAACAACGUGAAUGGCCUGAAACAGUGCUUGGCUGAAUUCAGACGGGAUCUGGAGUGGGUGGAGAGACUCGAUGUGACCUUGGGGCCUGUGCCAGACACCAGCGGGUCGCAGGCAACACCUCCCAGCAAGGACCAGGCAGCCGUGAAUCCCGAAGACGACUUCCAGCGGGAGAUGACUUUCUACCGCCAGGCCCAGGCGGCGGUGCUGGCCAUGUUACCUCGCCUCCACCAGCUGCAAAUCCCCACCAAGAGGCCCGAUGACUACUUUGCAGAGAUGGCCAAGUCGGAUCAGCAAAUGCAAAAGAUUCGACAGAAGCUGCAGACAAAACAGGCCGCCAUGGAGAAGUCCGAGAAGGCCAAGAGACUGCGAGCACUCCGGAAGUAUGGGAAGAAGGUGCAAACAGAGGUUCUUCAGAAGAGACAGCGGGAGAAAGCACACAUGAUGACUGCCAUUAAGAAAUACCAGAAAGGCUUCUCUGAUAAACUGGAUUUCCUGGAAGGAGAUCAGAAACCUGCUGCCCGCGGCACACAGGCAGGCGCUAAGGGGGGCCAGCAGAUGAGGAAAGGGCCUAAUGCCAAGCGACGGUAUAAAAACCAGAAGUUUGGUUUUGGUGGAAAGAAGAAAGGCUCCAAAUGGAACACUCGUGAGAGCCACGAUGAUGUAUCCAGCUUCCGGGCCAAAACGGCACAUGGCAAGGGCCUCAAGAGGCCUGGAAAGAAAGGAUCAAAUAAGAGACCUGGAAAGAGAACAAGAGAGAAGAUGAAGAGCAGAACACGCUAAACAGAGAACCAAGAAGACAUGAAGACAUUGACUUUCAUAUGAUGGGUCCCUUCUAUUUCUUUUUAUAAAAAAUGUCUUCAAUAAAGAAAAAGCUUUUGAAGAACAUAUAUCCUUGGUUGAAAACUCAGGACUAGGAGGCUGGCUUGUACAGUGGAUUCAGCUGUUUGCCAUGCCAAGUUCCCAUUUUGAAAUGCCAGUUUGAUCUCAGGCUGCUUUGCGUCUGGUCCAGCUUCCUACUAAUGCUUCAGGGAAGGCAGCAGAUAAUGGCCCAAGUACAUCGGUCCCUUCCAUAUAUCUGGGAGACCCAGAUGAAGUUGCUGAUUCCUGGCUUCAGCCUGGUCUAGACCUGGCAGUUGUGGUCAUUUGGGGAGUGUACCCUUGGACUAAAAGAUCUUUGGCUCUCUGCCUUUGAAUUAAGUUUUAAAAUAAAACUCAGGACUAGAAAGAAGGUUUAGAAGUUGGAUUGAUACUUUGAAUGUUUUAAGUAUUGCUAUUUAUUGAUAAUAAUUUAAACUGAGUCCAAAUUCCUUUAUGUUAGAUGGCUAUUUAGUUAAACCUCCCUCACCCCUUAAGUUAAUAAAAUCAUGAUAAAUCCCUGUACAGCUAGGUGAAUUAUAAUAAAC